CUGAGUGUUUACUGGACAGUGCAGCACAUUUUCAGGGACAGCAGACGACAUGAUCGAAGUACCGAGGUUUCACGGUAGAAAAGUGUUGCAGUCCAUUUGAUUGUGAUUCUUUUGCAAUCCUACUACUUGUAACGGUGGGUGCACUGUCAGAUUUGGCAAUCGGAAAGUUAUUCAUCCCUCGGCGAAGAAUAUUGAUACAACCGAGAGAGCAAGAUCACACCUUAAUUAAUUGCUUUAUUCGAGAUAAUCGGGCCAUCUCAUCUCAUCGCUGUUGGUGCCCGCUAAGCAUGCUGGGAUUGGACUGAAGCAUCAUGGAUCCUGAGGAGGCGGAGCUGCUCAACGACUACCGCUACCGCAGCUACGCGGCGGUCAUCGAGAAGGCGCUGCGGAACUUUGAGUCGUCGAGCGAAUGGGCCGACCUCAUCUCGUCCCUGGGCAAGCUGAACAAGGCCCUGCAGAGUAACCUGAAAUACUCUCUGCUGCCGCGGCGUCUGGUCAUCGGGAAGCGUCUGGCCCAGUGUCUGCACCCCGCCCUGCCCAGUGGCGUCCACCUCAAGGCCCUCGAGACCUACGAGAUCAUCUUCAAGAUCAUCGGCACCAAAUGGCUCGCCAGGGACCUCUUCAUCUACAGCUCGGGGCUGUUCCCUCUGCUGAGUCAUGCUGCGAUGGCAGUGAAGCCGGUGCUGCUGGGUCUGUACGAGCGCUACUUCCUCCCCCUGCAGAGGGCACUGUUGCCCAGCCUACAGGCCUUCACCAUGGGCCUGUUGCCCGGCCUCGAGGAGGGACUGGAGGUCUACGACAGGACGGACGCGCUGCUGUGUCGACUGGGCCAUCUGGUGGGCCAGCGGGUUCUGUACGGGGCCCUGUGGGGCUCGGUGCUGGUGUGCCCGCUGGUGCGGCUGCCCGCCACCCUCUUCAUCGUGUCCCACUUUGACCGCAUGGCAGCACCACGCCUCCAGAGGGACAUGCUGGGCACAGACUACAGGCUGGUGGUGCGCUCCAUCUGUUUGUCUCUGCAGGACUCUAAUGUGCUGGUGCAGCGGAACAUGCUGGAAAUCCUCCUUUACUUCCUCCCCUUCGCCACAUGUCUGGACCCAGCAGAGGGCGCCAUCCCCCUGAGCAGAGAGGACAUGAUCACAGUGGUGUCUGCUGCUGCACUCACACUGCUCCGCAGGGACAUGUCCCUCAACCGACGCCUCUACGCCUGGAUACUAGGUACCAUAGACGCUCUCAUAGGCCGCACACUCUCAAGGAUAUACAAUUGCUUUCUACUAGCACACUCUAGAGAACUACUGGUGGAGGCACUAGUAAGCAUUCUGAAGCAAAAGGAUUCCAAAUCAGAUCCAGAGAAUGUUCUAGAAUAUCUCAAACCAUUCCGCGUCAUCAUCAGCCUGCUGGACAAACCGGAGAUUGGUCCAGUGCUGGUGUCUGACGUGCUACUGGAGGUGGUGCGGGCGUUCCACUGCUACUGCAGGGAGUCUUUGGGGGAGGACAGCCCCAACUCCUCCACCUCCUCCUCCACCUCCUCCAGUCACAUCGCCAGUAAGAUGAAAGAGAAUAAGGUCACCUCUGAGAUCAUAAAAACCGUCAACAUGCUCUUCAACGCAAUGAGUGCAGACUAUCUGUGGGAUUACCUCACCAAACGCUUCCACACCUGUCUCAGUUCCUCUGCAUCAGUAGCUAGGUCAAAUCCUGGGGCUCCCUCCCUCUCUAACUUGGGCAGACCCUCAACCUCAUUAUAUUUCUACUGGGCGUCCUUACCACUGAUGCUGAGCAGCAUGCUCGCGCUCCCUGCUUGGUCACAUGGCGUGUCUGAGCGAUGGGAGCUGACGCAGGCUGCGGGUGUGCUGGGUCACUGGGGAAGGUCCAGAUCCCCCAUGGCCACCGCUGGACCUGGAGGCAGAGGCCAUGACUCAGCUGGAGGAGAACCCCAACCAGUGGUGGUGGUGAGCGAGCCAGUGGUCUGGGCGAACCAGGAGGCAGUGUUCCAGCCCGCCGGCUCAGAGGACAGCGGAUUGGGCCUAAGCGCCUCCCCCUCAGAGCAGCACCUCCUCCCGGGACGUGAUUGGUCAGAUACGGCGAUGGGGGUGUGUCCACAGAGAGAGGAUGUGUGGAGGAGGGGUGGGAGUGUGGAGAGCAUCACACACAACGUGCAGGAGAUUCUCGCAGCAGUCAUCAACAGGUACCUGCUGUGUGUGGUGGAGGAGGAUCAGGGGAAGGCGGCAGCAGCUCAGCCCGAUCGCAGUGCUCCCUCCCUGGGCAAGAAGGGCUCUAGAUCCCCUGGAAGAUCAGGCUCCAGAGAUCCCCAGGUCAGAGGUCCGCGGGCGAGGCGACAAGCCUUCACUGCUGCCUGUCACCUCAUGCUGGAGAGCACCACCUUCCCACUGUACUUGAGCACGGAAGAGAAUGCACACCUGUACGAGCAGAUGUUUAACAGUGCAAGCACUGAAAAGGGCACCUUACCUGAGUGGCUGAGGUCCCUGAUGGCCCUGUGCUGUCUGUCAAAGGACUACCAGGUAUGGCACAAAGCCCACGGCAGUGGCGUGGCCGUGGCCGCCUUGCUGAGGCGACUCAAUCACUCCCAGACGCUGGCACUGGUCGUGAAGGACAAGACCCGACGGGCACGCGAGGCUGGCGCCAGUCUCCAGAACGAGCACCUGCAGAUGGUCACAGUGCCGCCCAUCCACCCCACCACCCUCAAGGCCGUCGAGCAGAGCACCGACUUCUACCAGCGUGUGGCCCAGGUGUUGUGGUGUGAGCUGGACAGUGAGUGGCGGGAGCAUCACCUGUCCUGUGUGGAGCUCUUCUACCAGCUGCACUGCCUCGCCCCCUCCCCCCACGUCUGCGAGGACAUCAUCUGCCUCGGCCUGCUGCACACAGACAAGACGGUGCGUUUGGAGUCCCUCCAUAGGUUUUCAGUGUUGUGGCAUCUGACCAGAGAGAUGCAGUUCAGCAUGAGCCUGUCUCUUCACCGCAGCUUUGACAGGGCGUUGUUUGUGGUGCUGGACAGUCUGAACACUGAGGACAGCUCCAUCAUCGCAGCAGGGGAGAGCUGGUUGCUACGGGCACUGUCUCUAGGCGACGCUCUGCGGAUCCUAGAACCGGUUCUGCUUCUGCUGCUGGAUCCUAGAACCCAGAGAAUGUCCAUUCAGAAUGUCAAGCAGAACUUCACCAUCGGUAACCUGAGGGUGCUGACCCAUAGGGAGCGCCACCCCUCUGGCCAUGGAGAUGCCAAGGGCCAAUCAGAACAGAGCGUGCUGCUCAGCAGCCUGAUCUCAGUGGACCGCCAGGCCAUGUGGGAGGAGCUGAGCCGUGACCCCGAGCAGGAGCAGACCUCUGAUUGGCCGGCAGCGCUGUCCCGCAGCGGGAGCGAGGAGACGAGCGAGGAGGACAACAACGUCCACGAGGAGGAGCGCGAGGAAGAGCCGGAGAGCGAGCACACCGAGUCGGCCGACACCAGCGGCGCCCAGGUCUCCACGGAAACCAACUCCAGCUCCACCUCCGGCUCCGCCCCUUACCUGCAGCGUCACGACGACCACAACAGCGAGGAGGCGGGGUCAGGCUCAGGGUCGGGCGCGGGCGAGCCCGAGGGCGUGCGGCGCGUGGACUCUGCGCGCACGCAGGCGUCCGACUCCCUGUCCAGCGAGGACGAGGGCGAGCAGGAGGAGCUGGAGGCGUUGGCCCGCUCGCGUCAGCUGCAGCGGCAGCAGGAGAGGCGCCAGGCGGCCGACUCGCUCUUCCAUCACGUGCUGCUCUACGCCGGGCCGCACGAGCACGCGCGCCUCCUCCGCCCGCUUGGCAUGCUGGGAGCGCUGCUCGGCCCUGCCGGGGGAGUGCGCGGCGCCGCCCUGGUGGAGGCUCUAAGCGUCACGCCGCUGGACUACGCCGGACACCUGGGCCUGCUGCAGGAGCUGCUGCUACGCCACAGCCAGAGCCAAGAGGGGGGCAGUUUCUAUGGGCCCAUCCCUCCAUCCUCCUCUCCAUCCAUCCCUCCAUCCUCUUCUCCUCCUCCGCCAUCCUCCUCUCCCGCCCCCUCAGUGCUGCUGGAGCUGCUCGUGUCUCUCUGCCUCUCCCUCAUGCGUUCCCAUUACCCCAGCUACGCUGGCGUCGGCCCGCGCCAUCUCCACGGCAACCGGGCGGUGCAGGUGAGGAGCGCCGAGGUGCUGACGCGGCUGGCGGCCGAGCUGGUCGCCAUGGCGGCGGGAAGUGAGGUCAGAAAGGCGGCGGCCCAGCGGGCGUGUGCCUGGAGGCUGCUGGCCGACUGCAAGGUGCAGGAGUACGUGCUGCUGUCGCUCUGCGCCUCCAUGCACACGUGCCAGCGCGCUCACGCACACACACACUCGCACACACACACACACGCCCUCCUGCUGGACCCUGUGGAGGGGGGCGAGGUGUCCGAGGAAGGCCUGGUGGACUUCGGCCGCCUGUCCGAGGCGGCGGCUCUUGAGCGCCCCCUACAGGUGGCUCUGCUGCGGCUGCUGCGUGUGCUCAUCGUGCUGGAGCAUCAGGUGUGGCCCAGCAACCCGUCGUGCGCCCUUCCUGGUGGGGUCGCCGGGGACAACCACCCGCAUCAGAACCACAAACACCAGCCAUCAGGAUCCUCCACGUCCCAGCAUGCACCGGGCUCGUCGCUGGCGCGUGAGUGGCAGACGGCAGUGCUGUACCAGCAGUCCAUCCGGGCGCUGCAGUAUGCCAGUGUCAUGCCAAGGCUCAAGAGUAUUCAGGGCCGCGGCGGUCGGGCGCUGCAGGGCAGGGCGGGCACAGUUCCACCCGCGUGGCUGGAGCCGUUGGGCCGGUGCUGCCCUUCCUCGACGCCCUCGGCCUCACCGCCAGCGUCAUUGCUCAGCCAGAUGUGCCGCAACCUGGACGAGCUGGUCAAGGCCCAUGAGCACGAUGGGGUGAAGAGCACGCAGAGCUCCAGUCUGAAGAAGGAAAACAUUGCUCCUGACUACCCACUGACAUUACUGGAGGGGAUCACAGACAUCACACACUACUGUCUGCUGGAGAACAAGAAGUCCUCUCAGGGUGGUGAUGCUGCAGACAUGAACGCCGAACGCUUGUAUUAGAGGAGUUUCCGUGACAUGCUCAGUAGCAUGGCGCUGAUGUGGGGCGGGCGGGAGGAGUCUCAGCGCAGAGGCACUGAGUCUGUCCAGCUCAGCCGGCACUCGGCCACCUCUGUCCACUAAGAGCAGGUUCUCCGUCAGAAGGUUCUGGACUUCCUGACUCCGCUGAGUCAGCAGUCUAAAAAGUAGCUCAUGGCCUCGUGGUCAGCCGUGAGCAAGUCGAGCAGGAAGAGACAUCAGAAGAACAGUACAAUCCUGCCUGAGGCUAGUGAGUCUCGUUUGACCAUUGUGCACCUGGUGAAGUCUCUGAGCUCCCUACGCACAGACACCAUCCUACAGCUCGUCAAAGAAGUGGUGAAGAAACCGCACCAGAUUAAAGGAGACCAGUCCACUCUGGCCAGACAUCCCAUGCUCCAGUUCAGCUACGCUUUCAUCCAGAGCCUGCCUGCCCAGAGUCUCCAUGACAACGUGCUGCCCCUCCUAAGUCUGCUCAGGGAGUCGGCCCAGCUCAACCUGGCCCCGCCUGGACACUUCCUGCUCCUGGGCAUCCUGAAUGACUUUGUGAAUCGUCUCCCCAACAUCGACAACAAGAGAGACACCAGAGAGUUACAGGAAGUGACCCAGCGUAUCCUGGAGGCGGUCGGGGGCGUGGCGGGCUCAUCUCUUGAGCAGACCAGCUGGCUAAGCCGUAACCUGGAAGUGAAAGCCCAGCCACAGGUCUGCCUGCAGGAGGACCAGGACGACCCUGAGGACAACGACCUUGAUGCUGGUCAGGCCAGUGCUAUGGUCUCCUCAUCGGCCCCCUCUGUCUACAGUGUACAGGCUUUGGCCCUCCUAGCUGAGAUCCUGGCUCCUCUGUUGGACAUGGUGUACCGUAGCGAUGAGAAGGACAAGGCUGUGCCACUGAUCUCACGCCUUAUGUACUACGUCUACCCCUACCUGAAGAACCACAGUCUGGGGUGGAUGCAAUACUACACCAAGCGUGCCUGGAAGAAAGAGGUGCUGGAGCUCUACUUGGACCCCCUAUUCUUCCACAUGGACCCCUCCUGCACCUGCCAUUGGAGGGCUAUCAUUGACCAUCUCCUCACCCAUGAGAAGACCAUGUUCAAGGACCUGAUGAGCAUGCAGAGCAGCUCUCUGAAGCUCUUCCCCAGUGUGGAGCAGAAGCCAAUGCUGCUGAAGAGCCAGGCCUUCAUGUUCAGUGGAGAACUCGACCAGUACCAUCUCUACCUGCCCCUCAUACAGGAGCGUCUAACAGAGAACCUGCGUAUGGGUCAGACUCCGUCCAUAGCUGCUCAGAUGUUCCUCAUGUUCCGUGUUCUCCUGCUGCGGAUCUCCCCGCAGCACCUCACCUCCCUCUGGCCCAUCAUGGUCACGGAACUGAUCCGUAGUUUUGUUCGUCUGGAGAAGUCUCUAAAGGAGGACAAAGAGGCAUUAAAGACUAAGGCGCGUGGCGCUCCGGAGAAGAAUGGCGUUCUGACGUUCUCUCCGUCGGAUCUGGACAUGUAUCUGUCCGCCUGCAAGUUCCUGGACAUGGCCAUCUCAUUCCCCCCAGAACGCAUGCCGCUCUUUCAGAUGUAUCGCUGGGCCUUUGUUCCUGAGGUGGAUGUUGACAGCUACAGUGGGCCAGAAAACCACCUACUGGAGGGAGAACAGGAGUGCGCCCCACACAUCAGCAGAGUGUUGGAGGCACUACAGCGACGCUAUGGGGAGUUGAAUGGUGUGGUUGGGGAGUCCAGUACAGAGCGGUUGGAGUUCCCUGUGCUGACGCUGCGCUCGCUCUCCUCCAUCACGCAGCUCCAGCCCUUCCUGCACACGCUCAGUUGCUCUUUCAGGGGUCGCCCUGGCAACAGUGACCCCAGUGACCCCUGGCCCGCGGCCGUCUACCCGGCCCACUGCUCCGAGGCCGUGCUCAGGCGCCUGGAGGUCAUCACCGAGGGAGAGUUCCUCAGCAGUAUGGAGGGAUAGAGGAGAUGAGGAGGAGGAGGAGUUGGGCAACAGAGGGAGAGGGUGAGACAGCUAGGCAGGGAGACAGGUGGUGGACAUGGCUAACUAUGAUGGAUAGCACAGGUGGACAUAGCACAGGUGGACAUGGCUAACUAUGAUGGAUAGCACAGGUGGACAUAGCACAGGUGGACAUGGCUAACUAUGAUGGAUAGCACAGGUGGACGUAGCACAGGUGGACAUGGCUAAUCAGUCAGAGGGGAAGGGCACAGAGAGACUGAUCCAGGAUCAGAGAGGAUCUGUUUGCUAAGACGUCUACUCAGUGAGAGCGGCAUAGAGAGAGCCUUCUGAACAGCCUCACCGAAGAGAGUAGUGUCUGAGUGUUUAUUCAGGUUUAUUUAUUUAGAUAGGCUCACAGGACAGGUGAACUAGAAGAAGAGCAGAAAAGUAGGCAGAUCUAGCCUGGAUUUAUGCUCGCUUAUCGUGAGAGAUUAUUACUUUGAUCAGAAAUAAAUACAUUGUUCUGCAAUGCUGAGCUUCUCUAUCUAAAGUGGUGUUUGGACAACUUUGCAUCAGGGAAAUCCUGCUUUACAUGACAGGCCUGUAGGUGAACGGUGAACUACACGCUCCCAGUGCAACGUGGCAAGACCCCCGCUCAGUCUGGCAUGGACUGGAGGAUUGUCUUUCUGUGACACUGAAAGCACCGUUCAGAGAAUGGGAGGAGAGGUCAGAGGGUCAUCUGUAGGUUCAUCUGAGCAGGAGGAUCUGAGAGAGUGUUGAAGCCUCCUGUAGACUGUACAGAAGAAAACAAGACCAAGAAUACCAGCAUCAGAGAUCUUCUCAUCUGAUAUAAAUAUUCCAUCUCUAUGGCGACAGCCUGGAACUAUCAGAUCUAAAAGGAUUCUAUGGGGAAGGGCGGACUUGGGAUUCUAGAAGAUGUUGUACCUUUGAUGACCAAACAAAAGGGCUCAUUCUAACCGUCUUUAACCGUUUGCUUGCUGGUGUCUUUCUCUCUGAAGGCUGCUUGUUACACUUUCCUUGUUGCCUUGGCUACUGAAAAAAUGCAUUUUCUGUUUGUUGCACUGGUCGAGUCAGAGUGUGGGAAUUUGGGACUUUUAUUUCUCUGUUUACUUCAGUCAGAAACGUCCCUCUUACUCUCUGUGUGUGUGUGUGUGUGUGUGUGUGUGAGAGAGAGAGAGAGAGAGAGAGAGAGAGAGAGAGAGAGAGAGAGAGAGAGAGAGAGAGAGAGAGAGAGAGGAGUUCAGAGGUGCUCUCCCGAAUGUAAGGCCAUCCCUCUGUACACAUGUGCUCUGGCCUGCCCUGGUGCUUGCAUUCUCUCUCCCUCCCUCUAUCUAUCUAUCUAUCUAUCUAUCUCUCCCUCCCUCCCUCUCUCUCUCUAAAUCACUGUGCAUUUGACUGCUAAUAGUAAAAGCAUAGUAGUGAGGACUUAAAAGUCUUGACUACUGCUCAUAAAAGGACAGUAGUGAGGACUUAAAAGGCUUGACUACUUCUCAUUAAAGGGCCGUAAUAUGAGGACUCAAAAGGCUUGACUACUGCACAGUAAAGGGUUAAGACCACUCUGACCCCAUGUUCUGACUCUCGUCCCCAAGCUGUCUGUGAGAGUACUGAGACUUACUUAUUUUAUGGAUGGGUUCACUGGGACAAAUACGAAAUCACUGAAUGUUGUUUCAAAAACAGACCAGGAACAUUUACCAAGCUUGCAUUGUGCACUGCAUGUCUUUUCAUAUGAAGGGAAUGAUGUGGACCGUGUGUGUGUGUGUGUGUGUGUGUGUGUGUGCGCAUGUGUGUGUGUGUGUUGGGAAUCAAAGGCACCAUUGGCGGUCUUUCAGGUUGUGUCUGCACAAAUGUUUAUUGUCAGUAUGGGCCCUGCACAAUUAUGCUUUGCACCAUUAUUUUAUGUGUAUUUCUAAAUUAUAAAAUAAAUCCUUUUUUGUCUGUCACGUCCAUUGUUAAAGUGGAAUCAUUGUAAAUCUCAAUCAUAAAAUGAAUUAUGUUUGAUGAGCCUUUAAUUCUUUGCAUUGGAUUUUUAAAAAGGUUUUUGGUCUAUUGCAUGACUGUACUACAGCUAAUGUGGGUUGGUAUUGUGACAUACAGUGACUUAUCAGACAUCUGGAGGGAUCUAGAGGGAGCUCUCUGCUCUAUAUAUCAUGCUAGAAAACCUCUCUGGCAGGCACAGCAAAUGCACAGGUCGGUGUGUGUCACUUAGUCCUGUUCUGUUCUGCUCUCUAGCUCAGUGUGGCUAUGCAGCAUGGCCUCGCCCAGCUCUCUAAACACACAAGGGCCCUCGGUGACAGGGGAGUCACAGACUAAUUCAGAGCCCCAAACAUUUCCCUGGAAGCUUUUUUCUGUUAGUUUCCAUUUUAGAAAAGACAUCCAUGGGCUCUUAUGGGUUAAUGGAGGCUUAGUUGACCCUUUCAGCAGUGGCUUGGACCAGGUCCCUCUGAGCCCCAGACUUGAGUGGCCAGAGCUGUGUGCUUCUUGCCUGUGUUAGACCCAUGGAGUCCCUGUGGAUCUCUGGAGCUUCCUGCCUGUGUUAGACCCAUGGGGUCCCUGUGGAUCUCUGGAGCUUCCUGCCUGUGUUAGACCCAUGGAUUCCCUGUGGAUCUCUGGAGCUUGCUGUACUCGCCCCCUGCAGAGCUAACACAUGGUGGGAUUGGUAGACCCUCCCCCCUGACCCACUCUCAGACAAACCCCAUGUCGUGCUCUGUUCCCAACUGGACUGGUCAUGAGGAUUGUAUCCAUGUUUAUGGGGAGCUAUUGAUUCCAAGUCGGUACCAUUAAUUGAAUGUCCAGUGGAAAGAUGUAAUAAAUGAAUGAGUUCAUACAGUA